UUGCCAAGCAAAAAGGAAGCGACUGUUAAACACUAACACCAUGUCUGCCGAUUCCGUGUUUCAAGCGACUUUUGUUUACGAAGCGCAGCAAGAGGAUGAGUUGAAUAUGCAAGCUGGAGACAAAGUCCGUGUCUUGAACAAUGACAACGAUUCUUGGUGGACCGUCGAGAAUGUCGAAACUAGGAAAAAGGGCUUGGUGCCCAGUAAUUUCCUCCAACCAGUAUCCUCGUCCAAUGGAAGCCCAACCAAGAAUAAUGAAGGCCCGGUAUUGGCAAAGGUUAUUAGGGAAUAUGAACCCCAGAAUUCGGACGAAUUAGCACUAUGGGUAAACGGAAUUGUUACUGUACUCGACCAGUCUGUCGCCGAUGGUUGGUGGAAAGGCGAUCUAAACGGCAAAGUUGGUGUGUUCCCAGCAAAUCACGUGAAACCAGUGGAUGCUGCAGAAGAACUCGAGUCAUCGGAUACUACUGCUGAUGCCAAGCCUGGCAAGAAUUCAUUUAAACUUGCUGCGUAUGGUGUCAAACAAGGUGGUAUUGGCAGUAUCCUUGCAGGUGGAAUGUCUUUAAGAAAGAAAAGUGGUCCGGGCAGAACAUCGAUCGCUGAAGAAGAGCAUGCACCAUCGCCUCCCCCAGCAGGUGCGGGGCAACCGCAGCAUGUUCAGCCCACUACUUCAACUGACAAACCGAGCGGCCAGUCAUCGCCCAAAAAAGGAUUGGUCUUACAUGAUUACGAGCCUGAAAAUACAGAUGAGCUCAAGCUUAUGCGUGGCGAAUAUGUGACUGUUACCGACAAGAUGGAUGACCAAGGAUGGUGGGCUGGAACAAACGAGGCUGGAGCAUCUGGAGUGUUCCCAUCCAACUUUGUACAAGUGCUCGAAGAGCAGCGUCCGCCUCCCCGUCGAACGCGACCGCCAACUAUAAAAACAGACACGCCCAGCUCCCAACCGAGUGAAAACCCAUUAUCGCCUAACUCGAUGGCUCGACCACCGCCUGUGCCCGUUGCUACGCGACCCACCACACUCCUGAGCAACCGUUCCUCAGAAUCAUCCUCGUCACAGAGCAACAACCCUGCACCUCCCCCCGCCCGACCUGUAACAUCACCGCCACUUCCAACCAGACGUCCUCCCUCUGCCGCUGCCGAACCUCCAAAACGAACACACAAACCACGCACACCUUCUAUUCCUCUUGUUUCGCCUGAUCUUCCCCCCAUUGCUUCCAAGUCGCAUGAGCAUCCUACUGCCGCUUCUGCUGCUCAUGAGCCAGCGGCACCUGCACGACCUUCUCGACCCAUCCCUACGCCGGGUGAUGGUGUCACAUCUCCACACGCAUCCACCGCUGAGCGUCGUAGUGUCGACGUCGAUCACAACAGACCGCCCAUUCCGAUGGCCAAACCUCCAAAGAUGUUUGGUGCAAAGCAACCUGGUGGGCCUGUUCCGCCUCCACGUACAUCGUCUGCUGGAUCACGACCGGCUAGCCAAGCUGCUGCCCCGCCAUCUGUACCCAUCGCUUCACCGCGCGAGUUAUCUCUUCCUGGAGAGCCCACGAACUUAAAAAGCAGCACAGGUGGUAAUAGUGAUGCCCCGCUGUCGCCACCGCCGAUGCCCAAAAGAUCUAUGCCGAUGCCUCCGCCAUCACCAUCAUCCACAGCCCGUAACGACAACUCUCUUUCACAACGGUCACCAGAUGAGAAUAAUGAUGCUGAUGACGGUAUCGACGAUAUUGCGGUCGAUCCUAACAUCUCUAAACUUUUGCAUCGAGAAAUCGAGAAAAUCCGCGGCGAAUUCGAAUCCUUGCUCCAGAUAGAGCGGGUGGAACGCAGCCGACUGGAGCAAGAGAUCCGGGAGUUGAAGGAACGGCGGUCUUGAAGUUGGAAUAGCACUGUAAUAGUAUUGGUAUUUAAUACACACACACACACACACACACACAUAAAUAAUGACUCUAUUUUAUCUCCCCGUCUUUUCCUCCAAUCGUG